ACAAAAACACAAAGCGGUACUGAAAUCGACACAUUUCAACUAAAUUUACUUUUUAAUUUAAAAGUUCAUCUGUAAUUUUGGGAAGAAUUGCAAAAUAUGUCGAACAAUAGCGGAAAAGCGUCCCUCAGUAUUGGUAAAGAUAAAAAGGAUAAAGAUGUGAACGAAGACGAAAACAAGAAGCGAAGUUCGCCGGCUGAAGACAACAAUGACGGUGCCGAUGGAAGAAGAACCAGCAGAAGAAAGCGAGCUAAGGUUGACAGUGGUGCCAAUCCAAAUGCUUCAGAAGAUGAGAAUUCUGAUGAAGAUAAAACAGAGAAGAAAGAAAAAGAUGUAGGGAAAGAGAAGGAAAGGAUAAAAGAAGAGAAACCAAGUAAAGGAGAAGGUGAAAAUGAACAGGGAGAACAUGAAGAUAGUGAAAAUGAUGACCCUACAGGACUUGAAGGUGCUGCUUUCCAGAGUCGUCUGCCUCUAGAUAAAAUGACAUCACAAGAAGCAGCAUGUUUUCCUGAUAUAAUACAAGGUCCUCCACAAGCUCAAAAAGUUUUCCUUUAUAUAAGAAAUAGAAUACUUCAAUGUUGGUUAGAAAAUUGUAAAGUUCAAGCUACAUUUGAAAGUGUUUUACCUCAGAUAGAGACUCCAUAUAAUAGUGACGGACCAUUAGUUAUGAGAAUACAUGCAUAUUUGGAAAGAUAUGGUUAUAUAAAUUUUGGUGUGUUUAAAAGAUUGAAACCAUUACCUACGAAGAAACAUGGGCGUGUAAUUAUCAUAGGAGCUGGUAUUGCUGGACUAGGGGCAGCUAAACAACUAUUAGCCUUUGGAUUAGAUGUUGUAGUUUUAGAGGCUAGAGAAAGGGUAGGAGGUAGAAUAGUAACAUUUAGAAAAGGAAAUUAUGUGGCAGAUUUAGGUGCAAUGGUUGUCACUGGUUUAGGAGGAAAUCCCGUGACUAUUUUGAGUAAACAAGUUAAUAUGGAACUACACAAAAUAAAACAGAAAUGUCCUCUUUAUGAAAGCAAUGGAGCCACAGUACCAAAAGAGAAAGAUGAAAUGGUAGAAAGAGAAUUUAACCGUUUACUAGAGACAACAUCAUAUCUCUCACAUCAAAUGGACUUUAAUUAUAUUGAUAGUAAACCAGCCGCUUUAGGUCAAGCAUUAGAAGCUGUUAUUAAAUUACAAGAGAAACAUGUAAAAGAAAAACAAUGUGAACAUCAACGCCAUAUCAUAGAAUUACAAGAAAAAUUAAAGAAAAACCAGUCACAGCUUCUUCUUGUAAAAGAUAAAGUAGAAGAAAUAAAUAAGCAAUGGAAGGAAGCAUCUGAAGUUAAACCACCAGGUGAUAUUACAGCAGAAUUCCUUAUUAAAAGUAAAUUACGAGAUCUUAAUGCAGCAUGUAAGGAAUAUGAUCAAAUGGUAGCUCAGCAGAAAGAAAUAGAGGACAAAUUACAAGAAUUAGAAACUAAUCCUCCAAGUGAUGUAUACUUGUCUUCUCGUGACCGCCAGAUUCUAGAUUGGCAUUUUGCUAAUUUAGAGUUUGCCAAUGCAACACCACUCACAGCUCUUUCUUUAAAACAUUGGGACCAGGAUGAUGAUUUUGAAUUUUCUGGAAGUCAUUUAACAGUGCGUAAUGGAUAUUCUUGUGUACCAGUGGCUUUAUCUGAAGGUUUAGAUAUUAAAUUAAACACGGCCGUUAGACAACUUAGACACACUGCUAAUGGUGUUGAAGUAAUCACAACUAAUGCUAAGAAUAAAAGUAAUCAACAGACGUAUAAAGCAGAUGCAGUAUUGUGUACAUUACCAUUGGGUGUUUUAAAAGAAUGUUUGAAAGGAUCUGGUCCAAAUAGUGUGCAAUUCAUUCCACCAUUACCAGACUGGAAAACAGCAGCUAUACAUAGACUAGGUUUUGGAAAUCUGAAUAAGGUUGUUCUAUGCUUUGAUAGAAUAUUUUGGGAUCCUAAUUCCAAUUUAUUUGGUCAUGUUGGCAGUACAACAGCUAGUCGAGGUGAAUUGUUUUUAUUCUGGAAUCUGUAUAAAGCCCCUGUAUUAUUGGCGCUAGUUGCUGGAGAAGCUGCUGCUAUCAUGGAGAAUGUUAGUGAUGAUGUUAUCGUUGGCAGGUCUAUAGCGGUUUUGAAGGGUAUAUUUGGAAAUAAUGCAGUACCACAGCCUAAAGAGACACUUGUAACAAGAUGGAGGGCUGACCCCUGGUCAAGAGGUUCUUAUUCUUUUGUUGCUUCUGGAUCAUCAGGAAAUGAUUAUGAUUUGUUAUCAACACCUGUAGCACCUCAACAAGGAGCUCCACCACGACUUUUCUUUGCUGGUGAACAUACAAUUCGCAAUUAUCCAGCUACUGUACAUGGUGCUUUUCUUAGUGGAUUAAGGGAAGCCGGGAGAAUUGCUGAUCAAUUUUUAGGAGCACCAUAUGCCAUGCCGACAAGACCACCCACAUCAAAUCAAGUCAGUUGAAAACUAUCCUGUAAUUAAUAUACUUUCAAUUUAAUAAAGUCCAAGAAUCGGGAAAGAGUGUUACGGAGGGAGAAUCUUUCAGAAUAUGGACCUGUGAUUCAUUGAUAUGGAUGUGAUUGGUCAGGUGGUUUUGACAGCCAUGACUACCAGUACCAUAUAAAGUUUCUGUCAUCAUUGUACAUUUAUGUGUAAAUUUCAUACACCCAAUAUUUCAACUUUAAGUCUACUUUGAUGCUUAUGAAUGUUUCUAGUGCUAUAUUUGUAGAAUUUAAUCAAUGUCAUAUCGACUAUCAUUAUAUAAUAUGUCUGAAAAUUUCAAUGAAUUUUAAUCAAACAUUCUCAGGCAUAUGAUAUUGUCCUGUAGUUACCGGUACUAUAUUUCUGUAUCAUCUUUUCAAAUCUAAUUGAUGAAAUUUAUUUGCUUGCUAGCUGCUUUUUUUAGAUUAUGAAAUGUUCAAAUAUUUAUUUUCAUACUUUGUACAUAUCUCAAAUCUGUAUUAUUCAUUUUCCUCAUGAUUAUGUCAUGUGAUUUCAUUGAUUA